AUAAAUCAUUAUGGUUGUGUAUUAUUUUAACUAACUAUUAUCUUUCUUCUUUUUCUUCUUCGUAUAUAUAGCUCUCCCAAAGAAAGAGAGAGAGAGAGGGCAUAAUGGGAAUAUGCAAAGGGGAAAUAAGAGAAGAAGUAAAGAAACAACUAUGGUUGGGAGUGCCAUUGAUAUUUGUGAAUGUGUUAAAUUCAAGCUUACCAAUGAUAUCUCUUAUGUUUAUAGGCCAUUUGGAUGAUAGAGUGCUUCUAGCUGGUGCUGCUUUGGCCAAUUCAUUUAUGAUGGCCAUUGGUACAGCUGUAUUGAUAGGUUUUGCUAGUGCAUUGGAAACUUUUUGUGGUCAAUCAUAUGGAGCAAAGAAGUAUCAUAUGGUGGGAAUACACUUGCAAAGAGCUAUAUUAAUAAACAUGCUUUUUACUAUUCCUCAAUCCCUUGUUAUGGCAAACUUAAGGCCUAUUCUAAUAGCUUUACAUCAAGACCACAAUAUAGCAACACAAGCUGGAAUAUAUGGAAGAUACUUGAUCCCAAACCUUAUUGCAAAUGGUCUUCUUAGAUGUUUUGUUAAAUUCCUACAAACUCAAAACAUAGUAUUUCCUAUGUUGCUAGCUUCUGGAAUUACUAGCUUGUUACAUUUUCUCAAUUGUUGGAUUUGGGUUGUAAAAUUAAGACAUGGAAUCAAAGGAGCUGCAAUUGCAAUGUGCAUGUCAAAUUGGUUAUACACAAUUUUAUUAGCACUUUACAUCAAAUUCUCAUCUACUUGCAAAAGCACUUGGACUGGUUUCUCAAGGGAGUCAUUGCAUAACAUGCCUCAAUUUCUCAAGAUUGGUAUUCCUUCAGCAAUCAUGCUUUGCUUAGAAAUAUGGAUGUAUGAAAUAAUGAUGCUCCUCUCUGGUUUACUUCCUAAUCCAAAAUUGCAAACUUCAGUGAUUUGUAUAUGCAUGAAUAUAUCAUCAGUUGUGUGGAUGCUUUCCUCUGGAUUCACUGGAGCUGCAAGCAUUCGUGUCUCAAAUGAAUUAGGAGCUGGUAAUCCAAGGGCUGCAUGUUUGGCAGUGUAUGUUGUUUUGGUGCUUGUUACUGUUGAUACCAUCUUAGUUGGAUCAGUUAUGAUAUUGUUGCGUAAUAUAUGGGGCUAUGCUUAUACCAAUGAAAUUGAAGUUGUCAAAUUUGUAGCAUCUAUGUUUCCAUUACUUGUAGUAGUCAACUUUGUGGAUUCACUAGCAAGUGUUCUCUCAGGCAUUGCUAGAGGAUGUGGUUGGCAAAAAAUUGGUGCUAUUAUCAAUUUGGGUUCAGGCUAUAUAAUUGGGAUUCCAACAGCCAUUGUGUUAGGUUUUGUAUUGCAUAUCGGUGUGAAGGGACUAUGGCUUGGAAUCAUAUUUGCCUUUACUACUCAAGCUUUUUUUUUAAUGAUCGUUACAUUUCGCACUGAUUGGGGGAAAGAGGCAAACAAGGCUAAAGAUAGAGUCUAUAAAUCUAUAACACCAGAGAGUUUAGUCUCAUAAAAGUUAUGGUUUUUUUUUUUAAUGUACUAGCAUGUUAUAUAUUUUAUUUAUAAUGUUAUGAUUUUGCUUCUGUUUUUUUUUUAUCUUUUAUACAAAAAGCAUGAUGCAUCUUUUAUGAUUUUAUAAAACUUAUUUUUUAAAUAGAAGUUUUAUUUAAUAUGACUAAUA